GGGGGGUAGUCUGAGGUUGUGGUGUUUGUGGUCGCAGGGUCAACCGUUACCAUUGUGUGCUUCACAGCUGAUGAUAUUUUUAAGAGAGCUUAUUUGAAGGUAAGAGUAUGAUGUUGGUCACCGUAUCUAUCGAUUUUUUGUUUUGAUUUUAACUGGUUCGUAGCGAAACGAAAAGAUGACGUCGUGCCGUGUUGUGAUACUAUUUAUAACCGUGACGUCAAUCAAAGGUUAAAGGUUGAGGGAUGCGAUGAGUGGCUAUGGUCUACUCAAUGGGGGGAUGCAACAGGGGGGGGGGGGUGAGAGGGCAAUCCAUCCCUAGCAGAACUCUGAUCUUGAUAUUUAGCCUUGUAUGCAAGGGCGUAGCUUGGAUUAGUGCCACCCGGGGCGUGCCAGAUUUUUUCCGCCCCACUUCCAUGAAGUUGAAAAUGCUGCGCCACCAUAAAAAAAUUAAAGAGAAAAGGAACCCUUCACCUCCCUUACCUACGCCACUGCUUGUAAGGGCGGUAUUUUAAAGCAACUGACGAGGUUUUUCGUGAAAACGUGGCGGCAAAAUCUUGCCCCGCCCCGGGCGGCAAAAUCUUGCCCCGCCCCGAGCGGCAAUAGCCCUAGCUACGCCAUCGGGCUCUAGUGAUGUAGUAACAUAAUUCGUUGGUUGUGGCCUGAGGCUAUACGUUGAUGCAUGAUUCUCAUCCAGUUCUGUAAUGUAACUGUAAUGUGGACGUGGAUGUAAUCAACAGUACACUGACUGUCAUGCCAGAACAUCUAAGUUGUGCUAUGACAGUUAUAGUAAUAUGUGUGGAACAUUAUAUUGGGAUACGAAAUAAGUUUCACAUUUCAAAAACGGCUAUGUUGCUACCACAUUAUACACUGCCGCAUUUCAAGAACGGCUAUGUUGGUGCCACAUGGUACACUGCCGCAUUUCAAGAACGGCUAUGUUGGUGCCACAUGGUACACUGCCACAUUUCAAGAACGGCUAUGUUGCUACCACAUGAUACACUGCCGCAUUUCAAGAACGGCUAUGUUGGUGCCACAUGGUACACUGCCGCAUUUCAAGAACGGCUAUGUUGGUGCCACAUGGUACACUGCCGCAUUUCAAGAACGGCUAUGUUGGUGCCACAUGGUACACUGCCAUAUUUCAAGAACGGCUAUGUUGGUGCCACAUGGUACACUGCCAUAUUUCAAGAACGGCUAUGUUGGUGCCACAUGGUACACUGCCAUAUUUCAAGAACGGCUAUGUUGGUGCCACAUGGUACACUGCCAUAUUUCAAGAACGGCUAUGUUGGUGCCACAUGGUACACUGCCAUAUUUCAAGAACGGCUAUGUUGGUGCCACAUGGUACACUGCCGCAUUUCAAGAACGGCUAUGUUGGUGCCACAUGAUACACUGCCGCAUUUCAAGAACGGCUAUGUUGGUGCCACAUGGUACACUGCCAUAUUUCAAGAACGGCUAUGUUGGUGCCACAUGGUACACUGCCAUAUUUCAAGAACGGCUAUGUUGGUGCCACAUGGUUCACUGCCGGAUUUAAAGAACGGCUAUGUUGGUGCCACAUGGUACACUGCCACAUUUCAAGAACGGCUAUGUUGGUGCCACAUGGUACACUGUCACAUUUCAAGAACGGCUAUGUUGGUGCCACAUGGUACUCUGCCACACUUCAAGUACGGCUAUGUUGCUGUCACAUUAUACACUACCACAUUUCAUGUUCGGCUAUGUUGCUGCCACAUUGUACACGACCACAUUUCAAGUUUGCUGCCGCAUGGUACACUGCCAAAUUUCAUAUAGAUCUGCGGCUAUGUCGCUACCACAUUGUAAACUGCCAAAUUACAUAUAGAUCUGUGACUAUGUCGCUACCACAUUGUAAACUGCCAAAUUACAUAUAGAUCUGUGGCUAUGUCGCUACCACAUUGUAAAUUGCCAAAUUACAUAUAGAUCUGUGGCUAUGUUGCUACCACAUUGUAAACUGCCAAAUUUCAUAUAGAUCUGUGGCUAUGUCGCUACCACAUUGGGCCACCUCAAAUUCACAUUGGCUACGAAGUCACUUGGUUUAGAAGUCACUUGGCUACGAAGUCACUUGGUUUAGAAGUCACUUGGCUUACAAGUCACUUGGUUUAGAAGUCACUUGGCUUACAAGUCACUUGGUUUAGAAGUCACUUGGCUACGAAGUCACUUGGUUUAGAAGUCACUUGGCUUACAAGUCACUUGGUUUAGAAGUCACUUGGCUUACAAGUCACUUGGCUUACAAGUCACUUGGUUUAGAAGUCACUUGGCCUACAAGUCACUUGGUUUAGAAGUCACUUGGCUUACAAGUCACUUGGUUUAGAAGUCACUUGGCUUACAAGUCACUUGGUUUAGAAGUCACUUGGCUUAGAAGUCACUUGGCUUACAAGUCACUUGGUUUAGAAGUCACUUGGCUUACAAGUCACUUGAUUUAGAAGUCACUUGGCUUACAAGUCACUUGAUUUAGAAGUCACUUGGUUUAGAAGUCACUUGGCUUACAAGUCACUUGAUUUAGAAGUCACUUGGCUUACAAGUCACUUGGUUUAGAAGUCAAUUGGCUUAGAAGUCACUUGGCUUACAAGUCACUUGAUUUAGAAGUCACUUGGCUUACAAGUCACUUGGUUUAGAAGUCACUUGGCUUAGAAGUCACUUGGCUUAGAAGUCACUUGGCUUAGAAGUCACUUGGCUUAGAAGUCACUUGGCUUAGAAGUCACUUGGCUUAGAAGUCACUUGGCUUAGAAGUCACUUGGCUUAGAAGUCACUUUGCUUAGAACAAUCACGCUUCUAAACAGCGUUUAAUGGUAUUUGUAUCAACUAGAUAAGAUAGCUAUAUUUAUUGUAGACAUUCCUAUUACGCCUAAGUGAUCCAACAUGCUCCAUAUCCCACAUUGAAAUGUUAGUUGGAAAUGUCAAGUACUUAAGUUGACAGAUGUUGACUAACUAAUGUUAUCUGUUAGCGUGUCGUAAUUGUUUAGAUCCAACUCAUUGAUUCAGAUAAGACAAUAGCGAUUCGUUACGUGGGGCUCACCUUACAGCCACAUCAUCAACCCACAAUGUCAACCUACCUUAUCCAGCCGUAUCAUUUAUCCACAAUAUCAACCGUUCUAUCCAGUCACAUCAUCAACCAAUAAUAUCACCCUACCUUAUCCAGUCAUAUUAUUUAUUUACAAUAUUAAUUUCUCUAUCCAGCCACAUCAUGAAACAACAAUAUCGACCUCGGUUUCCAGCCAUAUCAUCAUCUAACAAUAUCAACCUAACUUAUCCAGCCAUAUCAUUUAUCCACAAAUAUUAACUUCUCUAUCCAGCCACAUAAUCAAAACCGACAAUAUCAAUCUACCUUAUCCAGCCAUCUAAUUUAUCCAUAAUAUUAAACUGUCUAUCAAGCCACAUCUGCAACCAACAAUAUCAACCUGUCUAUCAAGCCACAUCUGCAACCAACAAUAUCAACCUGUCUAUCAAGCCACAUCUGCAACCAACAAUAUCAACCUGUCUAUCAAGCCUGUCUAUCAAGCCACAUCUGCAACCAACAAUAUCAACCUGUCUAUCAAGCCACAUCUGCAACCAACAAUAUCAACCUGUCUAUCAAGCCACAUCUGCAACCAACAAUAUCAACCUGUCUAUCAAGCCACAUCUGCAACCAACAAUAUCAACCUGUCUAUCAAGCCACAACUGCAACCAACAAUAUCAACCUGUCUAUCAAGCCACAUCUGCAACCAACAAUAUCAACCUGUCUAUCAAGCCACAUCUGCAACCAACAAUAUCAACCUGUCUAUCAAGCCACAUCUGCAACCAACAAUAUCAACCUGUCUAUCAAGCCACAUCUGCAACCAACAAUAUCAACCUGUCUAUCAAGCCACAUCUGCAACCGACAAUAUCAACCUGUCUAUCCAGCCACAUCAUCAACAAAAUCAAGCCGUGUUAUCAACUCAAUGUUUCAGUGCUUCUCACAGAAAUCGCUUUCAGAACGCGAUGAUCAUUCUAAAACAAAUAUCUUUACACUCGUCAACAUCUUAGUUUACAAACAACCUUACAAUCUUUACAAACAACCUAACAAUCUUUACAAACAACCUUAAAAUCUUUACAAACAACCUUACAAUCUUUACAAACAACCUUACUAUCUUUACAAUCGACUUUUCCAAUUUUUUAAAUCGAGGCGAAUUAUCCAACUCUAUUUAACACUUGAACAAACACAAACAAACUAAAAAAACAAACAAAAACCACUCUCCGUUUCUCAACGUCACGGCCUGAAGAAACGUACAAACUUAAACAUUUUUUAAGGAACUCAAUAUUCUUGGGAAAGCGGGGAAAAGACAUGCUUGGUUCCAGCUCGUCAAUGCUAAGACUUCUUUAUAUUGCAACACACCACCGGUGGCUAGAUCAAUAAUUUGUAUGUGUCCUGUGUCAUAACACAAUGGUAUUCGUUGAAAGAUUUGACGUGCAAGAGAGAUACGUGAUAUAUUCUUUGACAACUUCUGCUUUCAAAGUAACAGAGGCGUAACGAAGAAAGGGGGGGGGGCAGGGGGGAGACACAUGUCCCCGGGUGCCAGCUAGUUAGGGGCGGCAAUAUGUGAUUUGAUAUUAUUUUAUUGGUGCAAAUAACGGGUUUGAGAUUUGAAAAAAAAGAAAAGGGGGCGCUUUAAAAUGAAUCUUGUCCCUGGGCGCGAACCUCGUCACCGGGCGCCAAACUCUCUCGCUACGCCCGCUGCAAAGUUAUAAACUGUUAUAGUUUAUUAUUUUUAUUUUUAUAAAAGUUGCGAUUAUAUGCAUUUUUAGUAAAACAUUUCAUUUCAGAUCUAGCCGGGCCUUAAACAAUUGACAGAGGUCGAUUCUUCCAUCAUUUUAUCUGGUAAAGAUUGAAAUUAAUAAGUGGCUUGUCCCUGCAACAUUCGUUCCCCACUGCCCCGCCUCCCGCCAACCCCCCCCCCCCAAGACCUAAUCAGCGCACUAACGAAGCCCCAGUCUAACACAGGAAAGAGUCCCUUGAAAUUGAAUCAAACUGGUACCCGUUAAAUUAAUCAAUAGAAUAGCUUCGCCCCCCCCCCCCACACACACACACAUAAUGCCCUGCGUGUGGAAACCAAUGUCUAGAAGUGUUGUCUUUAUAAUAUUUAGAAAGAACCUUUAUUUUUUUAACCGACUUCCAUCAAUUUGUCUAAGUACGUACAUGAUAUAGAGAAAAAAAAUUCUGGGCUGGAACUACUUUCUGUGGUUGAAAAAAAAAGCACACACAAAAACCAAUGUCGUCAUAGAUUCAUUUAAAAUUGUUGAGUUCAACGCAACUUAGGAAGCGGAUCCGAUCUUUCCACCGUUAGCUGCGUGCUCGCGACGUAUGCACUCAGUGAGCAGUUGGGCUGGGGCUGGAUCCCGUACAACAUGGGAGGGGUUGCUGGACCGAUAGAUAACAUUAGGAAGUAAGGCAUGUAAGUAUAGCAAACAUGGAUUUUUUUUUCUUUCUUAGAUGAGAAAAAAGCUGUUUAUCUUUAGACCCUUCGUGCAAAUUCUAAACAACAGCAUCAACUAUUUCUUGAGAUUUUUAUCAAUAAUGUGAAUUCCUUUUGAAAAAUCGACAGCCCCGCCUAAAAUCUACCGUGUCCACCGGCGCCGACUUUGAGACCCACUGACCUAAUGCCACUUUGAUAAUGUACUUACUUGCCCAAUUCACCGUGUUACCAGAUAUGUGACGUUUUCUUUAUUAAGGCUGUGUAACUCUUCCAUUUCAGAACUGUGACACCCACAUCUAGCCGUCCUGGUACUGAAGCGGCGCUACUUAGUCUUAUUACAGGCCGCUGGUCAGCAGCUUCCGGGUCACAGUGCUAUUUGAACCAAGGUACCAGCUAUGGCGUCCUUCCAAGAUCAUCAGUUCAUCUUAUUGCCGGCUGCGCAGUACAUACUCUAGAGCAGAGGAACGUCUGCUGCUGGUAUCUUUAGGUAUACUAGAAGGAUACGUCUGGGAUACUACCUGUCAUUAAGUACAAAUCCUGGACCAGCGAUGUUGGAUGCGAACGUUUAGGAAGUAAAUUAAUUUUAAUCAAGCUACCUGCUAAAGGGUCCUUACUGGAUAAAGCUACCUGCUUCAGGGUCCUAACUGGAUAAAGCUACCUGCUUUAGGGUCCUAACUGGAUAAAACUUCUUGUUAAUGGGUCUCCCAUAAACAAAGUGUCUGCAAUCAGGUCAUACUCAGAAAAUUUACCCACGGUCCGGUCCUGCUUGGAAAUAUUACCCGCUAUCAACUUCUUGAUGUACAAAUUACCAUCCUUCAAGUACUACCUGGAUCAAGUACCUGCAGUCAUACCGUACCUAGAUCAAGUACCUGCAGUGAGCACCUACCUGGAUCAAAUAUCUAUGUAUAGCUCCUAGCUCGACAAAGUGCUUGCAGCCAGCUCCUACCUGGACAAAGUGCUUGCAGUCAACUCCUACCUGGACAAAAGUAGUUGCUGUUAGAGUGAAAUCUUGAUAAAAUUCCAACAGAAUUAUAAAACAUUUCCGCGACACUGUUCAUGAAAAUUCCCCCCGCCAAGUUUGUUUCGAAAUGAGCUUCCAUCCAGCACGCUACAGUAGCCCCAUCAACUACCAGGGCAAUUUCUACAAACAAUCUUGGUACCCCCCUCUUUACGGCGCACAUCCGCCCCCGUACGGAGUUCCGCGACCCCCUCUUCCUCCCCAACCAUUUCUAUACAAUGAAACCCCACACCCCUUCGGCGGGGGGUUCUACUAUGGUUCCGAUUUCUCGGCACCCGCCCUUUCGCCGGCGUUUUUGCCGACCGACUUCAGCAUUCCACCUCCCAAUCUCCCCUUUCGUACCGUCACACCUCAGAGCGGAGAACCCGGCAGCCCCAGUAUCAAACCCGGUAUUUCGUCACUAGCCUCAACACCUUCAAACCUGCACAAGUUUUCACCUGACGCCCCUGUGUUCGUACCGAAGUCGCAGCAUCAACAUCCGGUGACGUCCAGCGGGGAUUUCCAAAACAAUCUGCGGACUCAAGUAGUCGGCAGACACAAUGGCGAGUUCAGAUCCGGACGCCUUCAAAAAGACGACACGGUCGGCGGUGCUGGAGACCUCCAGAAUGGCUGCGCUACUGAGACGCCAGGGAAACACAACGAGACAAAGGGACCAAACUAUAAGCAUUCCAAUAACAACUACCACGCCAACAGAUACCCAAAAUUUCAGCAGCACGGUCAACACAAUGAUGUCCAGAACCAUAAUGGAUAUCCUCCUCAUAAAUUUCAAUCACGUGACCUGCACGAGAUCCCGUCCGGUGACGUCGGCAAAACUAUUGGCGGUGCCGGCGGAAGAGAACCGUUUCGUAAGAAUAAAAACUCGGUGGCUCAGAUGUUAAAGAAAUCGUCGAACGUACCGCGCGCGCCUUGGCACGACGUCUCAGAAGACACCUCGCCGUCUCCACCGCUUGACGAUGAUUUCUGUUCCAGGGACUCGUCCCCGAAAUCUUUCAACGGGCAAAGGGACAAACUCGAGCAGGAAAAUGCCCAUCCCGACCGAGGGUUUAACGCUGAAGAUUCCUCACCACAAAACAUCGAGAACACGACACGCAGUUUUAAUGGACCGCUCCGGGAAACCCCCGAAUAUGCCCAAACGUUGAACGGUUCCCGCUCUUCGGUCAAGGACAGGCAGCACGGCCACAGAUCCUGUGAUGAAAUAAACACCGUGGAGUAUUACAACAGUUCGAUCAGGUCCAGCGGGAGUUACGAGCAUCCCAGGUACAGCCGAGGGCGUGGCGGUUAUCGGGGGGCGUUUGCGAGAGGGCUUGCCCACGAAGUGUCGUUUUCUGGAGUUGGGAAUGAUAGGUACGGCCACAGGGGCUACAGCAGAGAUGACAGCCACGGGGGCUACAGCAGAGAUGACAGCUACAGGGGCUACAGCAGAGAUGACAGCCACGGGGGCUACAGCAGAGAUGACAGCUACAGCAGAGAUGACAGCCACAGAGGCUACAGCAGAGAAAACAGCCACAGGGGCUACAGCAGAGAUGACAGCUACAGGGGCUACAGCAGAGAUGACAGUCAUGUUAAUUUCAGGGGAAAGUAUCGGGGGAAUCACCCGUUCUCCGCUGGGAGCAGGGGCGACUUCCGCGAGAGAGUGAUGCCAGAAAGUAAUGAGUGGGAAAGGACGGAGAUGUUUCAUGGAAGCGGAAGCAGUGGCACUUAUUCAAGCAGGCACAAUAGGAGACCAGUUGACCACGACGAGUAUGCUGAACAAGACUUUAACAACCACCGUUCUGAAAAGGGCUCCCGCCGAAACCCUCGUUUCGACAGUGCCCAUGCAGCACGCGGGGACCACAGCGACUAUGUUCAACAAGACUUAAACAGCCAGCGCUCUGAUCGGGGCUCUCACCAAAAACCCCGUUUCGACAGUACUCAUUCAUCUCGCGGGGUAACUCGGAGGGUGCAGUAUGAGCACGUGACCCCAAGCCACGAAAUUCGAGAUCAAGUCCAUCCCGCCCAUAAGAAUGAAGUCGAUCAGCGCCGCCAUGUAGCAAGACCCCACCACGGCGAUGAGGGAUACAGAUCAAGGGUCAAGGACUGGUCCGCCAAGCAAAAGAAAACACGGGAUGGGCAACAACAAGACCCCGCUACUAGACAGGAACCCGCGGAUGAUCUAGAGACGAAAUUGGCCAAAAAUAGAAUGAGUUCCCGUCAGAAAAUGCUGCUCCUGGAUGAUUACAACAGCGACUUGAACCUCAUCGUGGACGCCAACGGGUACGGUGCUUCUGCCCUUGACAAUCCCGAUGGCUUUUUAAGGCUGUGGGCCGACAUCAAAGCCACACAUGGUGCCGGUAAAGGUAGGCUGUACUUUGAGGUCAAGGUCAUUGAACUCCUCCGUGCGGAGGACGUCGAAAAAACCGACCCUUGUCCGCAUGCCGUGCGCGUCGGGUGGUCGACCGAGCGGUCCACAUUCGAAGACGGCACCGGUUCGUGGUGCUUGGAUUACCACGGGAAGACUGAAUUCAUUGAGGGUCGGGGCUACUGCGAGAGUUCUCAAGCAGAAGAUGUCCUCGGCGCCAUCUUGGAUCUGGAGUCCCGCCCGGCCACCGUCACGUUUCUCAAGAACGGCGUCGCUGAGGGCGACCCAUCGAUCCUCGCGGACUUUCCACCGGUGGAUCCAGCCACGGCUCUGUUCCCUCACAUCUCGUUAAAAAACUCUAAGGUCAGGGUCAAUUUCGGUCAGCGCGAUACCGCGUGGUUUCCACCUCCAGAGGGCACCAGCUUCAUAGGGCAGGUGCCCAUGGAAGAUUUGGUCCCAAGCUUAUCGCCACCGGAGAGGAAAUCUGAUUGCGAGAUCGUCAUGCUCAUCGGUCUUCCCGGCUCCGGCAAGACAACGUGGGCGCUGCGGCACCAGCGGGAACACCCGGAGAAGCGCUACAACAUCCUCGGAACGGACCAGCUCAUGGAACUCUUGAACUGCGACACAAACGGAACCGGCUACUCGACAAUGUUUCACCAGUUCAAGGACGUUGCGAAGAGCUGCUUUGAGCGGCUGCUGAAAAUCGCCGCCAUGAAGGUGCGCAACUACGUCAUUGAUCAGACCAACGUCUACCGGUCGGCCAGGCGUCGGAAGCUCAGCGGAUUCACGGCGUUCCGGAAGAUCGCGGUCGUCAUCCAGCCGAGCAAUGGCGAGCUGUCCCGGCGCUCGAAGGAACGGACGCUGGGCAGCGGUAAGACCGUGCCCGAGGGCGUGCUGAGGGACAUGAAGGCCAACUUCGCGUUGCCCGACGAGGACGCGGAGUCGUUCCACGUCAUUGAGUACGUCUGUUUGCAGGAGAACGACGCGCGGGAGCUGGUCGAAUCGUACAACGUCGAAGGUCGGCGGAACAAGCCCUUGCUCUCGUUGGACUGAUGCAUAAUAACAGAGUUUUGACGCCUAAAACAAACGAGCAACUUGUUGUUUUGAAUGCUGUUCAAACUGUUUUGAAUAUCAAUAACAACAACAACAAAAAUAGAUUUCUUUUCAAAUGCUCCUCAAUGUCAAUCAUAUCAUGAAAACAUUUGAGAUUUUAAAAUUGGUCAUCCGUCCGACUUCAAGAGACGAUGUUGAGGUUUGGCUGUAAAUCUCCCUGGCAAAGCUGCGAACCUAGGCGUGUUUUUUAUGGAGAAUCAACUGUUUCCCAUCGACAGUGCGCGAUGUGAUCUAACUUAAAAUUCAGCGUACAACAUACAGUAUACAACUCCUGUGCACAAUUACGCAUAAAUUCACUACGUUGUCUGUAAAUAAUCAUUACGCCUACCUUCGAUUGAGAACUCAGAGAGAGACAGUAACUAAGGCGUAAGUCCUUCUUAUUCAAUAUCAAUCGUUCUCCCUACACGAGAAACAGAUUUUUAAUGAACAUGUUUCAGAAAGAAUGUUCUUUUAAGCAGCUAAUGUAUAAAUGUUUGUAAAUACACAUUGUAAAAAACGUAUAAAAAUGUAAUUAAAAAAAAAAAAAAGCUUAUAGUAACAUAAUAUGCAAGCGUCAGUGCGCGCGAUAAAAUUCC